GAAGAGGGCUGAAUCUACAGUCAUUGGCUGGUUUGGUGCUUCCUUCCUUUGCUCAAGUUUCAGUUUUAAAACAUAGCCGAGUAACGGAAGCUGCUAGGAGACAGCAGCCAUGGCUGGCAGCAGCAAGAAAAUGAGAGGGCAGUAUAUUUCAAGAGACACAUUUGAAAAAAAUUAUAAACCAAUUGACGGGACAAAGGAGGCACACCUGCUCUGUGAGAUAAAGUGGGGGAAGUAUGGCAAACCCUGGCUACAUUGGUGCCAAAAUCAGCGUACGGAUAUCCAUGCUGAAGACUACUUCAUGAACAACAUCUUUAAAGCAAUGAAGCAUCCUGUUCGUUGCUCUGUCACUUGGUACCUGUCCUGGAGUCCUUGUGCAGACUGCGCCUCAAAAAUUGUGAAGUUCCUAAAGAAAUACCCUUAUUUGAAACUAACAAUUUACGUGGCACAGCUCUACUACCACACAGAGGAGGAGAACCGCAAGGGUCUCAGGCUCUUGAGGAGCAAAAAAGUCAUCAUCCGAGUCAUGGACAUCGCAGAUUAUAACUACUGCUGGAAAGUCUUUGUCAGUAAUCAGAAUGGAAAUGAAGAUUAUUGGCCCUCGCAGUUUGAUCCAUGGGUAAAGGAGAAUUAUUCCCGCCUGCUUGACAUCUUUUGGGAAUAUCCCCUUGCAGGAGUCCAAAUCCCUGGUAGAGGGAACCACCCACAACAUCUCCUGGAAUAGCUGUGAAGACACUGGAACAAAACCUCCCCCAAACAACAGAAACCAGGGGCUGAUAUAUUGAAAUGAAACUCCAAAACUUGGGGAGUGGAGGGGAGGAAGAGAGGGAUGAGAGGAUGAUGUCUGCAUUGGGAAACACUAUCCCAGGCUACUGCUCUUUGUUUUCUCUGUUGUUGGAUCCCUGAUGAUUGGGCUACACUCAAUCAUCAGGUAGAAAUGCACCAGACAGCUUAAUCCUGUGACUGUGACUGCCCUCAUCUGCAUUACCAAACUCUGACUGCAGAGCUGUGUUGGAAAUGGAGUGUAGUCCAUAGCUAACGUAUCUUUGCCAGCAAAACCCAUGGGAAAGACACUGCAUUGCUUACAGAGAUGCUGCUGUCUGGGGGAAGUGGUACAGUGUCACCUUCUGCUAGCAGAGCUGGGUCCAUGCCAGGGGUCACGCUGCUGUCCAGCUGCCACCACUCUUUAAAAACUUUGAUAAUCAUCUUGGCAAGGAUAACUAUCUUCUUGGCUGCUCCCUUUUCAUUGCCCCAGCUAGCAGCCUGUGCAAAGCAAUCUGGUCAAAUCCCAAAGACAACCUGAGUGCAGGAGUGCUGGGAUGGGUGCCCUCUGCAGAAAACCCCUGAAAUGGUAAGAACCAGAUUCCAUGGCCAGGAUUAUCCAGAGCCUGCAGAAGAGAUUUGCUUCACUGACACACAGAAAUGCUGCAUUUUGACUGUGAGCCCUGCCCUGCAUCUGGAACUCAGGGUCUGUCUCCAUGGUCCUGCACAGUAGGGCUGUGUGAGGCUUCGGACAAUGCUUCGGAUCUGGAGAAGCUUUGAAUGCUUUGGCAUCCGAAGCAGCAUGUCCGGAUCGAAGCACUGGCUUCGUUAGGAUCCGAAGCCGGAUCGAUUAGCUGCCUACUCACACAGGCCUACUGUGCAGCACUGCAGAGAUAAUUGAGGUGUGUAGUGCAGCCAGAACAGCUGCCUGCAAACCAGGGUGCAUUAGUUCAUGUGGAGCUAGGCUGCUUCCAGGACUUGCUGCACUGUGCUGUGUAGACACCCUGCCAGGCAGUAGUCAUUCCCUGGAGGACAUGUGAAUUGGAUUAUUGUCCAGUUCCCUCUCUCAAAGCCAUACUGUGUAGGGUGUGCCUUGGCUUUUGCUUAUUUUAGUCACUCAUUUCCAAGGCCCUGACUCUGGGUCUGCUUCUUCUCUCAUGUACAUUGUUACAAAUGAAUCUGCACUGCAGUCAAUGGUAUCAGUGGCCUGUCCUGGAAGGGAGCCUGACAUCUGUCUGUGGAGUCAGGAUGUGCCAUUUAUCCAGAGUUAUCUCACUGACUAGAAACACAACUUCAUGGUGCUGUGACUCUGCCCCAUGUGUCUUGCAGGGCCAAGAAGGCAUUCUUUACAGACUGUCCUUGAGAGAGAGAGAAAGAACAGGUUUCACUUAAACAAACUUAUUUUAAAUAAGCCACUGUACUUAUGGAGUCUCUGUUACACCUUCCUCUCCAACAGGGAAAGUUUGUAUUUUCAGCCACAGACCUGGCGACAGCUAUGCUGUUUGCCUCUUUACCCACCAGCACAGAAAAUAGUCCCUGGUCAAACAAUACAGCCCUAAUCUGUUCCUCUGAGCGCUAGCAAACUCUCCUUUCCUGAGCAGUGAAGCGAGGUGAUAUGCUAGAUCUUGCCUGCAAAAUCCCAUCUGAGAGAGCUGGAAUUCAAAGGCUAGUUGGGACGGUUGGGAUGUUCAGUUUCCACAAUGUUUUUUGUUUUUCUUACAUGCCUUUUCGUAAUUUUUUUAACCAAGGAGAAUAAAUGUAAAAGAACAUAUGACUGUUAUGUUUUAUACUUAUUGAUAAUAAAAAAAGAAACAAAUG